UCCUACAUUCUUCUUCUUUUAUAACAGUUUUUAAAUAUUUAUUUUGUGCUUGGGGAAAAAAGGGACGAUAUCAGGCCGGCUGCGUCUUCUUCAUGGCCAGUCCCCGCAGAGAGCGCGUGUGUGCAGGCUGAGUGAGGAGGGUGGAGAUCUCUCCAGCAUUCUGGUCAAACCAGUCCUGGUGUUUCUUGGAUUUGAAACCAAUGACUUGGGCUGCAGUGUCAAAGAGGAUGGUGGAUAGAGAGGCCCACUUCUCAUCCAUCCCAGACUCUGAGAAGACCCCCCCGCCCUCCACCGUGUGAGACGCGACAACAUGGCAGACAUGACCUCCAAGGCGCUGGACGGGGGCUGGGGGUGGGCCAUCGUGGUGGCCUCCUUCCUGGCCCAGCUGCUGGCUUACGGCUCCCCGCAGUCGGUGGGCGUCCUGUACCCCGAGUGGCUGCACGCCUUCCAGGAGGGCAAGGGCGUGACGGCCUGGGUGGGCUCCCUGGUGGCAGGAGUGGGCCUCAUUGCCAGUCCCAUCUGCAGCGCCUGCGUGGACAACUUUGGCGCUCGCCCCGUCACCAUCUUCAGCGGCGUGAUGGUGGCCGGCGGCCUGAUGCUCAGCGCCUUCGCUCCCAGCGUCCACUUCCUCAUCUUCUCCUACGGGAUCGUCGUGGGUCUGGGUUGCGGUCUGGUCUACGCGGCCACGCUGACCAUCACCUGCCAGUAUUUUGACAAGAGACGCGGCCUGGCUCUGGGCAUCGUCACCACAGGCACCAGCGUCGGCGCCUUCAUCUACGCCACCGCUCAGAACGAGCUGAUCGUGCUCUACGGCCUGGACGGCUGCCUUCUAAUCAUUGGAGCUUUGGCGCUGAACCUUAUGGCCUGCGCCGGCUUCAUGAGGCCCCUCAACAUGCCGGGCUACUACCUCAAGCAGAAGGCGGCUCUGGAGCGCGACACGGAGGAGCAGCUCUUCGAGAAGCCCCAGUUGGAUGACCUGAAGAUCGGAAACGGGUCCACCACGUCCGCUCAGGAGAAAAGUCUGAUGGCGAAGGAGCUUCUCAUCACCAUUGACGGCAAAGACUCCGCCAUUCAGGUGGAGAAGAGAAGCAGCCUUCUGGCUCGGUUGGGCAUCAUGAAAGUGAUCAAGAAGAAGAAGCAGGCCUACUCCAAGUACAUGCACUCCAUGUAUGAGAUUCUGCAGAACCAAGCCAUGGUGGCCUUCUGCAUUGCGGUCUUCCUGUUCAGCCUGGGAGCGUUCCCUCCGGUGCUCUUCAUCGAGGACGUGGCUCAGAGCCAGGGACUGAUCGAAGAAGUCAGCGUCAUUCCUCUGGUGUCCAUUGGGGCCAUAGCAACUUGCGUGGGCAAACUGGUGCUGGGUAUCAUGGUGGACAUUAGGUGGAUCAAUAGCAUCUACUUGUAUGCUUUCACCAUGUUUGCUGGUGGUGCCGUGCUGCUGCUCAUCCCCAUCACCAAGAGCUACAUUGGACUGCAGAUCCUCUGCGCCGUCCUGGGCUUCUUCUCAGGAAACUGGUCCAUCACCUCUUACAUAACCACGAAGAUUGUUGGCUUGGACAGACUCACACAAGCCCACGGAAUCGUCAUGUUCUUUGGCGGCUUUGGGAUCAUGCUCGGACCUCCUGUUGUUGGGUGGUUCUUUGACUGGACCCAGUCUUUUGACAUGGCGUUCUACUUCAGUGGGAGCAGUGUGCUGCUGGGAGCGCUGGUCCUCUCCGCGCUCACGCUUCCCUGCUGGAAGACCAAGCCGUCCGAGAACGACAGACCGGACGUCCAAUACACCAGCAACUGCAACAAAGUGGCCUCGGUGGCGUGAAUACGAGCACAUUUUGGUUAGCACUGCAAUCCAAGCACUCUGCUAUUAGCGACGGUCAUAUCUGCAGCAACUCUGACUACACCGGGGUUUUCCCCCGAUAACUGCUGCCAGGUUCCAAUGCACCAAAAACACUUUCCAAGGGAAAUCCGGGCGGCAUCCUUUUAAACCGAGCCUGCGUUUCUCAGGUCCACGCCAAUCACACGCACUGCACAUCCACCCCGCUGCCUGUGCCGCUCUUAUUUUGUAGGCCAAACAAUAUAUAACCUUGCCAAAUGGCCGCUCGGGUCUUGAAACUUGAAACCACUGAAAAUGCACAAAAAAGACCCUUCGACAAUUCACACACUUUAAAUACAUUUUUGUAUUGAUUUUUCGUCUGUAUUGUGUUAAUGACUCUGUGUGUAUUACCAAAGUAUCAAUAGUUCAUGCCUGUCAACACGUAACAAUCGUUGGAACAGUACUUUAUUUUCUUAAGUUAUGUGCGGUAGAAAAAUGGAUGGAUGGAUGUACAACGACUGGUCACAGCAUUGGGUACACCUCCACUAAGCACACGUCUGUCGUUGCGGUAGCAGAGCUGCAUUGUAUUACUCAGUUUCUAAUAGUUUAGGUCUUACAUGCAGUAUGUUGCCAUCUAGUAAUGAUCAGUUUGCAUACUUGCCAACCUUGAGACCUCAGAAUUAGGGAGAUAUUCAAAAG